GAGGUGGCCUCCGCCUGCGUUUUCCUUCUUCCGGUCAAUAAAGAGUUGUAAAAAAAUAAGAGAGAUUCCAAGGAAAAACGCAGCAACAACGAAGCACUACACCGAGGGAAGGAGAGAGAUAGAGAGGAGUCGGCGGUUGAAGGUUUCAUCCCGCAGCCGAAACCCUAAUUGAGCCUUCUCUCUUCUUCUUCUACUUCUGUUUCGGUUCUGCAGCAGCCACCACAAGUGCCUGGGAUUCAUGUGAUGGUGCUGUGUUUCCCGUCUUUCUCGAUUUGGGUGGUGUUUCGUGGUUGAUUUCGAUUCUUCCCUCGGUCGCGUUGUCGGAUUGCUUCGUUGAUUUUGAGUGGAUCAGUUGCUGUUUCGGGAGUGUGUUUUGUUGUGCUCGCCAUCAUCAUCGAUGGUUUAGCUAUUGGAUUGGUUGCUGCUGGGGAUUCUUUUGCGCGUGGCAGUUCUAGGGGAGGAGGUUGUGGAAGAUGGAUUUGGUGAAUAGCUGCAAGGACCUAGUUGAUCGCAUAUUGAAUGUCCUGCACGAUGCACAAGGUUCCAAGGCGUGGCCAAAGAGGGGUGUUCUUGGAAGGGACGAAGCAGCAAAACUUGUUGAUGACAUUUACAGGAAAAUGCAGGUUUCGGGUACUGAUUUAGCAUCAAAGGCGCAAUGUGUUUUGGAUAGCAGCAAUUCGAAUCCGAAAGUUGUUAAAGGAGAACCCGAGGACUCUUUUCACCGUGAUACCAAAGUUCGGUGUCCCUGUGGCAGCUCAUUGGAAACAGAAUCGAUGAUUAAGUGUGAGGAUCCCAGAUGCCAGGUGUGGCAGCAUAUUGGUUGUGUUAUAGUUGCUGAGAAGCCUAUGGAGGGAAGUCCCCAAGUUCCCGAAGUAUUUUACUGUGUACCUGUUCGUGCGAUUAAUAGACCUGGCUCGCAACUGCUCGGGGCAAAUGGCCGUGAUGAUGGUCCAAUUAUCACACCAUGUACGAAGGAUGGGAUCAAUAAAUAUCGUUCUGGAUUUGAUGCCCGGGUUUUCUGCUUGGGGGUAAGGAUAGUGAAGCGGCGUACACUUCAGAGUCUGAUGGUGAACAAUUUGAAGACGCACUUUCUCGUGUUUGCCGUUGUGUUGGUGUGGACUCCAACUGAUGGUGCUGACAGUGACAGCGAUCUCGAAGUUGUUGCAGACUCCAUUACUGUCAAUCUUCGUUGUCCUUGGCAAUGCCCCAUUUGUCUGAAGAACUACUCAUUGGAUAGUGUAAUCGUCGAUCCUUUUUUCAACCGCAUCACUACUAAGAUGAGGCACUGUGGCGAGGAUGUAACAGAGAUUGAGCAUACCAAAUGGGGAGGUUCAGUCAAAGGUGGUGGAAACAGGGAAGCAAGUCAAGCAGGAAGGAACAACAGAUUGCAGCCGGAUAACUUUCAGCAGAAAGUUAUUCCCAUGACUAGCAGCGGUACUGGCAGUGGUGAGGAUCCAAGUGUGAAUCAGGAUGCUAUUUCUGCUCCAGUGGCAGCGGAUGCUGCAGAGAUCAUUGUUCUUAGUGAUACAGAUAUGAAAAAUGAUAUACUGGUGUCUUCUGGCGCUGGCUUCAACAACAACCAGAAUGAUGUUGGUGCGGGCUGGAUUGCCCCUCGGCCACCACCCCAGGGUGGCCCAGGGUUCCAGUUAUUUAGUUCAGAUGUCUCAGAUCCCUUGGUUGAUUUGCAUCAUGGUCCCACAUCAAUCAAUGGAUACAGUUUGGUCCUGAUACUGGCGUGGGACAUGUCAAUUUGGUCCCACCAGAUACUUCAGUGGGUAGAUCUGACGGGAAUGGUGGGUUGGUUGAUAAUCCAUUGGCUUUCGAGGAAGAUCCUUCUCUACAACUGUUUCUUUCCAACCAGGCCAUUAGAUUCGUCAAUGCAUUCCAAUAGAGAGAUCAUCAUCAGGUCGAUGCAUCGUCGAAUAAUGGUGGGCUUCGAUCUGAGGAUUGGAUCUCUCUUAGGCUGGGAGGUGGUGCUGCCUGCUGCUGGCGGUGGUCAUGGUGAAUCUGUACCACUUGCAAAUGGCAGCUUAACUUCAAGACAUGCGAUGCCUACUAAUAGAGAUGGUGCUAUGGGUUCUUUGACCGACACUGGAGCAGAAAUGCCUUGCCUGAGCCUCUCCCGCUUCAUCUUCUUCUUGGAGACUGGCUUCUUCUUCUUCUUCAUUUGUGACGCGAAAUUCCUUUGGGCGUAA